AUCAACCACGAACAAAGCCCGGACGCCAGGACCUUCAGAAAAACCCCCAUCCCGUCCACCACUCCGAAUUAGAAGCGAUGCCGUUCGUCCUCUCGCAUCUUCUCGAAAUCUGAUCAGGAUCCCUGCCGCGGAGUUUUUCCCAGCUUCUUCGUCACUUGCUCGGGAGCACCUAUAUCAUUUUGCCUCCGCUAAACUCUGUCCUGCUGGCUCUUGUUUUUAUUUCUCAGACCAGAUGGACAUUGCGAUUGAGAGCGCGCCGCGAAACGGUCACGGCAACAAGGGGGGCGAGAACAUGGGCGCACGAACAAUCCCCAUCAUCACCACAGCCACGCCGACGCCGACUAUAAAGAUGUCGGCGCCGUCGCCGGUUGGAGAUCCGAUGGAGAUCACCACACCGACCAAUUCUUCAGCUGCGCAGAGCGUUGGCAAGAGCCCAGAAGGCGAAGGGAGCGACUCGAUCGAUCGUCAAAACGCCGCGCUCUCGGGAGAUCAGAAUGCGAACUCGACUACAAUGCCUGCGCCUGCCGCUGCUGCCGUCCACCAGCCAAAGAUAGUCCAGACUGCAUUCAUUCAUAAGCUCUACAACAUGCUGGAAGACCCCAAUAUCCAACAUCUCAUCAGCUGGUCGAGUUCUGCCGAGAGCUUCGUCAUGUCUCCUUCACACGACUUCUCCAAAGUCCUCGCUCAAUAUUUCAAACACACGAACAUCUCGUCUUUCGUCAGACAGCUCAACAUGUAUGGGUUUCAUAAAGUAAGCGACGUAUUUCACACCGGCUCUCCGGAAACGGCUCUCUGGGAAUUUAAGCAUGGUAAUGGGAACUUCAAGAGGGGCGACUUAGUUGGGUUGCGUGAGAUUAAGCGAAGGGCGUCGCGCCAUGCUCUAGUUCAUCGAGAGUAUAAUAAUCAGAAGCCAGCUCAAUCGCAGCCGGGCACCCCAGCGGAGCCGAUGCCCCCUAUUCACGACGGCUCGGAUCCGAGGCUCGCAAGCAUUGAGCAUUCUUUGUACGAGGUUACUUCAAGGCUACAGCGCAGCGAGGAGAACGCACAUUAUAUGAACGCUAAACAGCAAGCGAUGGCCGAAACCAUGAACCGCUUGCUCCAGCUGAAUCAGGAACUGUCCAGAACUGUUCUCAGUCUGGUUCCACCCGACAAUCCCAUACAUAGGGACGUCCUCGCUUUGCAAGGUGAAAUUCAACGCCAGGCCGACUUUAUUCGAUCCAUCGAUGAAUCCCAUGAACCGCCCUUUCCAAACAGUCGUCAGCUCUUUGCAAACCUUGAAAACCCACCUGUAUCCCCUCGGCAACUAGCUCAGGACGAUCAACGAAGAUUGGGCGUGCACCAACCUCGCGGGCCAAAUCACUAUCGGCCCCCUGUGCCUUCUAAUCUUUCUAUAAGCUCACGCCGGUCCUAUGGUUCGAUUAGCGGAAGCACGUCCCAAUCGUCGCCCUCUCCUCUCAGAGCCCAAGCAGCGCCACCGCCCCCCGGGCCCCAUCCGUUAGCAACUGUUGAACCGCCGCCGAGUGGGUUGUCAAGAAGGCACACGUCCGCUGACAUUCGAGCUCACGGGUGGCAGCCCAACCCUCCCCCGUAUAUCUCCUCCGGACCUCCCUCGACUCAUUGGCCUUCCUCCCCAAACCGAGGACCCCAGGACGAGCAACGUGCUCGUGAGCCUCCACCCCACUAUUCUCUAUCACGACCCGCUACCCCACCAGCACCUUUUUCGAAUGGCAGCAUUGGAAACGGGCUAGAAAGUUUGAAUAAUUGGUCCUGGACUUCCGCAAACCGGGAGAACAACAAGAACCUUACCGUAAAGGACAUGUCUGCACCCCCAACGAGACGCGGAAGUAUGGCUCACAUUCUGAAUCCCACCGACACGAUCGAACGCGAUGAAGAAGACGACCCCAGAGGGGAUGAUGAUCGCAAGCGCAAGCGGACCCAAUGACUUGUACCGUGGACCGACGGAUACCAUUUCGCGUCAUGAGAAAGCGUUGUCGCAUAUUAUACCACAGACGGAGAGGGCCUUUGUUUUUUGUAGUAUAGAAAGCAGCCGAUGCGGACUGCAUGAGUCUCUUAGGAUUCUACAGACGACACGCCAUGGCCUAUGUUAUACGACAUUCACGAGUUUUUUUUUUUUUUUUAGGUUUUUUUGGUUUUGGGAGCCGUUACCACGCAAACCGUUUCUCGCUCUACCUCUUCCCCCUCCUCCUCCUCCUCUUCUUGAAGUUCACUUAUUCAUACCGCUGUACUUUUCCACUUCGAUAUUUCCAUUCCAUGUUACUAAAGUACCAAAAGCAAUAGCGAUAGCUAUUUUCUCCGUUGCUAGGAUCGGCGACGUUCGUCCUUACAGGAGGAGGGAACCAAUUGCUUUUGCC